AUGGAUGGCUCGACAUGGGGCGGAGCUGUGUGGGAAGAUCAAGUCAGAUCUUCCGCGGCUACUCGAGGAAGCGGGAUGGUGGUGCUCGUGACGGGAGCAGCAGGCUUCGUUGGCUCGCACACGUCGCUUGCUUUGAAGAGGAGAGGCGAUGGCGUUGUUGGAAUUGACAACUUUAAUAGCUACUACCCCGUUGCCUUAAAGCGCGCCAGACAGGAGCGACUAUUAGCAAACGGAGUGUUCAUCGUAGAGGGCGAUGUCAACGACCAGCGGCUUCUUGCCAAGCUUUUCGAAAUCGUCAGAUUCACACACGUUCUUCAUCUAGCAGCACAAGCCGGUGUGCGCUAUGCCGUUCACAACCCAUUGGCGUAUGUUCAGAGCAAUGUCGCCGGUUUUGUUGCUCUCCUUGAAGAAAUUAAGAAAGCAGAUCCACAGCCUGCAGUUGUCUACGCGUCGUCCAGCAGCGUGUACGGCCUGAACUCCAAAGUGCCGUUUUCCGAAGAAGAUCGGACUGAUCGCCCUGCAAGCUUGUACGCCGCCACUAAGAAAGCGGAUGAGGUGCUGGGACACACCUACAACCACAUCUACGGCCUCUCCAUCACUGCUCUUCGAUUCUUCACGGUCUACGGCCCUUGGGGUCGUCCGGACAUGGCGUACUUCUCCUUCACGAGGAACAUCAUGGCGGGCAAGCCCAUCAAGAUCUUCCGUGGGCCCAAGGGAGAGGAGCUGGCUCGUGAUUUCACGUUCAUUGACGAUGUCGUGAAGGGCUGCGUGGCCUCGCUGGACACCGCCUUGCCGAGCGUUGGCAGCAAGGGGAAGCGGCGGAAGGCUCAGUUCCGGGUGUACAAUCUUGGCAAUACCCAGCCGGUUAAGGUGGGGGAUUUCGUCAGCAUCCUGGAGAAGCACCUGAAGGUCAACGCCAUUAGGGAGUAA